AACAAUUUUAUCUCUUCUCAUCGCAACAUAUUCUGGGAUGGAAGGUCAGAGGGCUACUCCAUUUAUCACGCUUGUGAAAGCACAGUAACCCCUAUUUUCAUGGCAAACACCUGAGGAGUAUGUUUUCACACUUCCCAUAGUGACACUUGGUCUCUUAAGUUGGUAAACCAGCUGUUGAGUGUCACAAAAUAAACCUGAAUGUCACAAGUGGUUAGCACCGCAGAUCGAUGCACAGUUCUAAUACCUCUGGUUCGAUUAUGAAUUCUUCUGAUUUCCUGCUGAGGACAUGGAUGGUAACCAUCGAUACCCUACACCUGAAUAGUACAUCACCCAGUGUGAAUAGGACAUUAGAUGAUGAACUACAUACUGAAGCACAAUAUGACUAUUAUGGCUACUAUGAAAGUAUGGAUCCAUCAGCGUUCUCUCCCUGUGAUUAUGGAAAUCAUGCAACAAGCAUCCUCCCCAUGUUAUACUCCCUGUUUUUCGUGGUGGGUUUUCUGGGUAACAUGCUGGUGGUCUGGGUGCUCUUGAUGGGUGUGAAGAUGAGAAGCAUGACAGACAUCUGUCUCCUGAACCUGGCUUUAGCUGACCUGCUGCUGGUCUCCUCCCUCCCUUUCCUGGCACAUUAUGCAAGAGACCAAUGGAUCUUUGGAGGGUUCAUGUGCACUAUGGUCCUCAGCGCCUACCACGUUGGAUUCUACAGUGGGAUUUUCUUCAUUGUACUCAUGAGUAUUGAUAGAUACUUAGCUGUAGUUCAUGCUGUGUUUGCUUUGAGAGUAAGAACCAGAACAUAUGGGAUCUUAGCCAGUGUGGUCAUCUGGAUCAUUGCUGUUUCAGCAUCCUUUCCAGAGCUGAUGUACCUGAAAAUCAGUUAUUACAAUAAAACAGAAAAACACUGUACAGCUUAUCCCACAGAUGAUACAAAUUCUAACCAUUCUUCAAAGACUUUGGGUAUCUUUAAGAUGAACAUUUUAGGCUUAAUUAUCCCACUCAUUGUAACUGGAUUUUGUUACUCAAUGAUUCUGAACAGACUCCUCACAGCUCGCUCUUCCAGGAAGCAGGCUAUGCGCCUUGUCAUCAUGGUGAUGGUUGUCUACUUCAUCUGUUGGGCUCCAUACAAUGUUGCAGCUUUUGUGAAAGCCUUUGAGCUUAAAGAACUCAUUGGGCACUCAUGUGAAAACAGCAAGAGAAUCACUCUUAGUCUGCAGUUUACAGAGGCUGUGGCUUACUCACACAGCUGUCUGAAUCCCAUUCUCUAUGUGUUUGUGGGAGAGAAGUUUAGAAGGCAUCUGUUCAGACUUCUGUACAAGACACCCUGCAGCAGACUACAGUUCAUGAAGAGUUACUUUACACAGGCCACAGGAUCUGUUUAUUCACAGACCACAGGUGUGGAGGAAAAAGCUACAACAGCAGUGUGAAGGGAAAAUAAUCAGGGUAGGGAAUACAGACAAAAAUAUUUGCAUGAUGCAGCACAGUCAUCCAGGGCAGCACAGUGUACUUGCACAAUGCUCUCCGCUUUAAUGAAAUCACAACAUAAAAUGUGAUCACAUGUGCCCCAUUUCUAAUAUACGUAAAUCUACUGAUGUACAGUUACAAUUUUGCUUGGUUAAAGGUGCACUCAGUAAAAUUCAUGGUUGUGUUGCACCAGCAUGUUAACAUAAGAAAAAAAAAAAAAGAAAAAAACUACUUUUACUAUUUCUUUCUGCUUAAAAGUUUAAGAAUUACAAUAAAUAAAUAAAAAUAAUAAUCACUGAGAGCACCUUUCCAAAAAAGUUACGUGGGCAAGUUUUGAACAUUGGACUGCUCGCAAUAAAACAAUCAUACCACAACAACAAAACACCAUAAAAGCCUUAGUGUUAUUUGUGAAUGUUUAUAUUUAUUUUUAAUUUGGCCGUUUAUUGUUUAUAGAUUUUUUUUUGUUUGAUAUAUAUAUACACACAGUGCAUCUGGAAAGUAUUCACAGCGCUUCACUUUUUCCA